AUAGUGCCAGAAAUCAUGUUGCCAAUCUGGUUCACGGCCAAUUUGGAUAUAGUUGCAACCUACAUCCAGGAUCAAAAUGAAGACUGUUUGUAUCUAAACAUCUAUGUUCCUACAGAGGAUGUAAAAAGAAUAUCGAAGGAAUGCACAAGAAAACCCAACAAGAAAAUAUGUAGAAAAGGAGGGGCCAAUGCAAAGAAACAGGGCGAUGAUCUAGCCGAUAAUGAUGGCGAUGAAGAUGAAGAUAUCCGUGAUAGUGGGCCUAAGCCAGUCAUGGUGUACAUUCAUGGAGGCUCAUACAUGGAAGGGACGGGAAAUAUGAUUGAUGGCAGCGUAUUGGCAAGCUAUGGCAAUGUUAUAGUUAUCACACUCAACUAUCGUGUUGGUGUUCUGGGUUUCUUAAGCACUGGGGAUCAAGCUGCAAAAGGCAAUUAUGGAUUAUUGGAUCAGAUCCAGGCCUUGCGCUGGAUUAGUGAGAACAUUGCAUUCUUUGGAGGGGAUCCCCUACGGAUUACAGUUUUUGGAUCUGGAAUUGGGGGCUCAUGCGUCAGCCUUCUCACACUGUCUCAUCAUUCAGAAGGACUUUUCCAAAGAGCGAUUAUUCAGAGUGGAUCAGCCUUAUCCAGUUGGGCAGUGAACUACCAACCAGCAAAGUACACAAGACUACUAGCUGAAAAGGUGGGCUGCAACAUGCUGGACACCCUUGACAUGGUGGACUGUCUGAGGCAGAAAUCUUUUAAGGAGCUUGUGGAACAGGACAUCAAGCCAGCCCAGUAUCAUGUUGCAUUUGGCCCAGUCAUUGACGGAGAUGUUAUUCCAGAUGAUCCUGAAAUUCUGAUGGAGCAGGGAGAGUUUCUAAAUUAUGACAUCAUGUUGGGAGUCAACCAGGGAGAAGGAUUCAAAUUUGUGGAAUGGAUAGUGGAUCACGAUGAUGGGAUAUCUGGAAGUGACUUUGAUUUCACUGUUUCAAAGUUUGUGGAUAACCUUUAUGGCUACCCUGAGGGUAAGGAUACGCUUCGGGAAACAAUUAAAUUCAUGUACACUGACUGGGCAGACCGUGAUAAUCCUGAGACACGGCGGAAAACCUUGGUUGCUCUGUUUACUGACCAUCAAUGGGUGGAGCCUGCAGUGGUGACAGCUGAUCUGCAUGCACGUUAUGGCUCUCCAACAUAUUUCUACGCCUUCUACCAUCACUGUCAAAGUGACAUGAAACCAGCCUGGUCUGAUGCAUCGCAUGGUGAUGAAGUACCCUAUGUCUUUGGAAUCCCCAUGGUUGGACCAACUGAUCUAUUCCCGUGCAAUUUUUCCAAAAAUGAUGUGAUGCUUAGUGCAGUUGUCAUGACAUACUGGACAAAUUUUGCCAAAACAGGUGAUCCCAACAAGCCAGUGCCGCAGGACACCAAAUUCAUUCACACAAAGGCAAACCGUUUUGAAGAAGUGGCCUGGUCUAAGUACAACCCACGGGAUCAGCUUUAUCUUCACAUUGGUCUGAAACCGCGAGUCCGGGAGCACUACCGUGCCACCAAAGUAGCCUUCUGGAAGCACCUGGUCCCACACCUAUACAACCUGCAUGAUAUGUUCCAGUACACCUCCACCACAACCAAGGUGCCUCAGCCUAACACCACUCCAAUCUCCUAUGCGACUAGACGACCCAAUGGCAAGAUUUGGCCAUUCACAACCAAACGGCCGGGCUCAGGCAUGUCUCCAGCUUUCAACUCCAAUGAGCAGCAGAAGGAGAACUGGAACUCGGAACAGGACGGCGGUUCCCUCCUGAUCGAGAAUCCCCGCGACUACUCGACUGAGCUAAGUGUAACCAUCGCAGUGGGGGCCUCCCUGCUUUUCCUCAAUGUCCUGGCCUUUGCAGCUCUAUACUACCGUAAGGACAAACGCCGUAACGACCCCCACACACAGCCAAGCCCACAACGUAACACUAGCAACGACAUGACGCAUACACAGGAGGAAGAGAUCAUGUCACUACAAGUGAACCAAACCCACCAUGAGUGUGAGAACAUCCAGGCUCAUGAGCCCAUGAGGCUUCCUUCACUGCCGGACUACACUCUGACUCUCCGCCGAUCUCCCGAUGACAUACCCCUCAUGACCCCCAAUACCAUCACCAUGAUUCCCAACUCCUUGAUGGGGAUGCAGACCUUGCAUCCUUACAACACCUUCGCUGCUGGUUUUAACAGCACAGGGCUGCCUCAUUCACACUCCACUACCCGGGUAUAGUC